AUGUUACAAUAAAAAAAGUAAUAAAUAGCACAUCUCAAUCCUAUUCUAUGGUAACCUUUAGAAAAAUUAUAAUUGACUCAUCUGAGUCAACAUCUCAUUUAUUCUGGAAUUAUUUGGAUUAGAAGUGAAGAUCAACAAUUACAUGAAGAAUAGGUUUCAUUAUAUGCUGAUAGGUAGAUUGUUAGAAUUUAUUAAGAUUGCAAAUUUAAUAAUUGUUUUGUAAUUUGAGUUAAACAAUAAUAAGAAGAAAUAUUCAAACAAUAAAGCUAGUAUAAGGGAAAAAUAAUACAGAGAUAUUUUUUAAUAGAAGUGCUGAUUUGGAUAAUUGGUUUAAUAUGUUGAAAAGAUAUACCAUUCAGUUAAAUUUUAGUAAAGAUUAUAAAUUGAAUAAGAGAUUAGGUUAUCAAGAUCCUUAGACAUAAAUAUAUUAGGCAAGGUGUUUUGCUAAUAAUAUUAAUUAUACAGUGAAGGUAAUAUAAAAAAAUAACAAAUUUGAUCCUAAAUAAAUACAACAAGAAAUUAACAUUUUAAGAAGAAUCAAACAUAAAAAUAUCAUCAAUUUAGUAGAAGUAUAUGAAGAUUAAUAUACAAUAUUUUUGGUUUUUGAUAAUUAUUUUGGUACUGAAAUGGUUUAUAGAUUUGAAGAUUUAUUAAAUAGUUAAGAACCAUAAUAUGCAAGAAUAAUAUAUAAAUUAUUAGAAAUUUUAUCAUGUAUUCACUCUUUGGGAAUCAUUCAUGGAGAUAUAAAAUUGGAGAAUAUAUAUGUGAAAUCUGAUAAUUUAAUGGAUAUAUGUUUGGCUAAUUUUAAUUAAGCUGAAUUCAUAGAUAAUUAAGAAAAGGGAAUCAAAGGAAGUGAGGGGUAAAUUUAAUUGAAAUUUAGAUUCUUAGUUAUUAAUCGCCUGAGUUAUUGAAUGGGAAGCCUUAUGAUCAAAGUAUUGAUAUAUAUGCAGUUGGAAUUAUUUUUUAUUACUUUAUUUAUCAAGUGAUGCCGUUUAGUGAAUCGUAAGAACAUGUAUUGAUUAUUAUAAGGCUUAGAACGAUAAUAAAUCAGGCUAAAUUGAAUUCCCUUAAGUCAGAAAUACUUCCUAUGCCAUUGAUUUGUUAAAAUAAAUGUUAUAAGUUGAACCUAAAUAAAGAAUUAAACCUAAUGUGGCUAUGAAUCAUGAAUGGUUUAUUAAAAUGAAAGUUUAAGAGAAAUUAUUCAAAUAAAAAAGUUUUAAGGACUUUACUCUUCCAACUAUCUUAGAAAAGUCAGAUAUUUUUACUUAAUCUCCUGGUUAAUAACCAAAAAGAGAAAGCAUUGGAGUUUUUGAGGAUGAAUUCUUAUUAGAUAGUCUUUCUGAUAGAAUGGGUUUAUUAAAAAAUGCCUUUAAUCCAUCAAAAAUGAAUCAUGACAUUUUUUAGAAGAAAUAGAAAUGA